GCAUUUGGCAUUUCAUUUUAUUUGAAAGUUACUUUUGUCACCUCAUUGACGCUAAAAAAUACCGGAAUCACAAUUUAUAUCUUGUGUAAUAUUUAAAUAAAAUUUUAUCUUUAAACAUGUACUUCAUUUCCAAUGUAGUUAAAGUGACUAUUCCAAACUAUUUAGCGGGAUUACCUAUACCCGACUCUUUUGGAGGAUGGUUUCGAUUGAGCUUCCGUGAUUGGCUUGCCCUUGUACCACCAACACUAGCUAUUGGAGGCAUAUCAUAUGUGUCUUAUCAAACAGUGAAAAAAGCUAGAGAAGCUGGCCAAGUUAAUCAUGCUAUUCGGAAGGAUAUCAACAAAGUUGUGGACUUUAUUGAUAUUGAAGAUAUAACAGAGAAAGCUUCCCUGUGUAGAUGCUGGAAAAGCAAAAAUUGGCCCUACUGCGAUGGAGCUCAUGGUGCCCAUAACAAAGAGACAGAUGACAAUGUAGGCCCAGUAGUAGUCCGUCACAAAGAAAACAAGUAAAGGAACAUAAUUUUACACAGAUACCAUGUUAAAUAAUUUGUGAUAACUUAAUUGGAUGCAACCAUAAACACACUUGAUGUGAAUUGUGCUAAUUAAUUACGCAUUUUGAGCAUUUGAUUAUAGCAAUUGCCAAUUAAUAAUAAGAUGAUAACAUUUUUUGUACUCAGAACUAGAAAAAAAUGGAUUCUAUGAUGGAUAUUUUUAAAUAAAUAAUGUACCAUUUUUUAUUUAAUUUGAUGUAGUAUUGUUUUAAGGCUUUACUUUUUGAUUGCAUCUUUUUCUUGGUCUGAGAAUUCAUAUAAAAUUUUACAUGAUUUUUUGUAAUUUUGUUUGUCUUUUACUCUAUAAAUAAACUUUUUUUUUAUCAUGUACAAUAUUGUUAGGUGUGUUUUUGGUUAAAUAUUUAUUUGAUCAGUUAACAAAAAGUGUGAUUCUAUUAUAAGUAUAACUGUGAAUUUUUUUAGAUGAAAUAGUACUAUCUGCGUUAUUUGUUUACUGUGCAGUAUUUUGUUACCAGUGGUUCUUUGAAAAUAAAAUAUUUUUUAAGGGUU